GUUCGUGCGGUUAGACUACAACCCGGUCCAGGCGGGCGGGUUACUGCAGGGUUUGCUCCAAGCUUCCCAGUAUCAAAUGUAAAAAUGUCUGGGUCUGGGAACUUGUGAUGCUAAAAGUGAACGAGAGUUCCACUGCAAUACGGAGCCAAGCAUGACAAUUUGUGGGCCCCUAUGUGUUGCGUGUGAAGCAUGGCAAACUGCGUGUUUGCAUGACAGAAAAGAGGACCGCUUCGUGCCCAUGCAUCACAGAUUCUUGAGUCAUGUCAGACAAGCAUGACAAAUCUCAAAAUCUUCCAGACCCAGACAUUUUUGCAUUUGAUACCCAGCAGCAGCAGGCAUUGACCGUGUCGGCGUUUCUCCAAUUAGGGUUGAAAAUCUUUCCCGGUUUCAGCUUCAAACGACUACUAUCGACGAAAGUGGAAAUCGUGGAGGUGGUUGCCGGGCAGGCGGGGGUCAGGAUUUCUUUGGUAGAUGAUACAAACAUUCUUCAAGCGUACAACUUCCGGGACGACGAAGUGCCGCAGGCGGAGAAGGGAACAGGGUUCACUCUCAUGACCUACAUAGUGCCCGUCACCGUGAGCUCCCCUGAUUCGAUUUGUUUCGCGGUCGCUACUCCCGGAGCAACGGAUGGGAGCGGAGGAGGUAUUGCUAAUAUUGGCUGUGAUAAUUUCUGCAUCACAAGAAAACUAAAACUUUUUGCAGCGAAAGAAUUUCGCAAUACAGAUUUUCUGGAUCAAUAUCACACGCAUUCAUCAAACCGUUAUAUAUCAGGUGUCACCGUCGCGGACGUGUGUAUCAAGGUGAUUCCCGUGUCAACGCAAGUAGCCGGUAACGACCUGAUCGUCCGAACCGCGGUGGUGCUCCGCGUGUGCGUCCCGAUCCUGCUCGACGACUGCCGACAGUAUCGCAAGAAAAGACUGCUUCACUAUGAACUUGUGAUGCGUAGAAUGGAACACAGAACUAUUUGUCUUGCUACACCUGCAAGAGGACCUUGAUUCUUUAGGGGUGUUUUCGGUUUGGAAGCGCGCAUGGCAAAUUUUCUGUGUCAUGUGUGACAAACUUAUGAUGCAGAUUCUGCAAAAUAAUCAUCACAGUGAAACAGUUUUUUCUUGUGAUAGACAGCUUCCGAUCACGACUAUCGUGAAAACCAUUCCCAACGGGGCGGUUGCACCGCCCAGGAGGCGCAUGUCAGACGAGGCUGCAGAUCUUCUACUUGAGGAUGUUGCAGACGAAACGAAUAGCAACAGCCUCCGUCUUCAUCGACAGCUCCAGCAAUCCCCGCAGCCCCCAGUCUACUCUCUCGAGCCUGCGGAGCCGACUCUCGGCGACGCUCUGGCCGCGGACGAAGAGCUAUGCCUUGCACAAGUAUCGUACUCGCAUAAAUGCAUAUAGAAAUUUCCUCAGCAUGAGAAAUGAAAUCUGUAAUGCUGAUUUAACUUAAGAAAACGAUUUGUAAUGCAUGAUUUAAAAUACGAAUACGAUACUUUUGCACAGGAUAAGAGCCGGCGAUCAAGGACGACAAAUUUUUCAUCGGCGUUAGUCCCGCCGCCUUGCUCUUUUUCCUCUACGUGGCCGUCGCGGGCGGACUAGCCACGGUCGUCCUCUUAUCGUAUGUAAAAACGUCCCCGCCCCAUAGUCCAGAUGGGGAAAUGGCUAGACAAACUCACAAGCUUUUGCUGUCUUGCAUGUAGUUGGCAAAUUUGGACUCGUAGUGUAGUUGUGUUUGAGGUGGUUCAGCAGCAUCAGGCAUCCGGUAUACUAUGCUGAGUGGAGCACGACAAAUUUAAACGCGAUGAGAAAAUACAAUUUCUCAUGCGGCUGCUCCGCAUGAGAAAGAUUUUCAGCAUGCAGAUUUUCAUUACAACUAUGGAGUGGGGACGUUUAAAAAUACGAUGCCUCUACCUGUACGGGAAAUUCGGCGUCGAGCGGUACGAGCGACUGCCCGAGGAGAUGCACGAGAUUGAUGACUAUCAAAUGCAAAUAUGCCUGGGUCUAGAAAUUUGUGAUGCUAAAGUUUGGAUAAGACUGACGCUCUCAAGUGCAGCCAAACAUGACAAAUAUGCUUGACGCCGUCUGAUGCAUAGCACGCAUUGAUUACCAACUGCGUUUUUGCAGGAGGAAAAAGUAGCGCCGCUCUUGCUGGCUGUGCAACACAGAUUUUUCAGUAAUGCAAGACAUGCAACACAAGUUCCACUUUUCCAGACCCAGACAUUUUUGCAAUGCAUAAUGACGGUCAGUCGGAGGAUUUAAGUCUGGGUGGGUCCGUGAAAAAACAGGGGUCGGUAAUGCAGACCAUCCGAAAAUCUGUCUUCGGGAAAAUGCGUAUGAAAGUGCACAGCUCCCCCAGCCCCUCAUUUCUAUGUAUUGCAUGAACAGCAAUACAAGCGUCAGCAAGAAUACAGGACUUGCAUGACAAAUUCGGACAGGACUGUAGUGCUAUUUGGGCUGCCAAAACUUGUCAUGCUAACAGUGCCAAGAGCCAAGGCGCUUAAUUAGGCAUUUUGCAUGACAAAUGAGGAGGAGGGGGGGGUUGUGCACUCUCAUAAUGCGGAACGAGUCCCAUCUGGCUCCACCCGAGACGGGGAUAGAGCUGGCGAAGAAGAUAUUCUAAGGAAAAACGUCUCCACCCCAAAGUUGUCAUGCAAAUCUGCAUGGUAAAAAUGUUUCUCAUGCGGAGCCCCAUGAGUUGAGAAGCGUUUUCUAGUCGUGUUGUGGGAUUUGUGAUGCUCCAAUCAGCAUGAUAUGCUAGAUCUGUAAUGCUUCUGCAACUAGCUAAACAGGAUUAUAGUACUAUGAGAGCAAACUUGUCAUGCGAAACACUCAAACCUGGUUGAUUUGUCUAGCAGAUUUCCCAUCUUAACUCUGGUGUGCUGGGGACGUUUUUGCUCAGGAUAGAAAACGCACACGCUGGACCCGAAGUCGUUUGAUUUUGAGGCGCCGGAGUUCCCGCACUGGGGGGUGAGGAAAUUGGGGAAAAAUAUUCCGAUAUCAAAUGUAAAAAUGUCUGGGUCUGGAAACUUGUGAUGCUGAGUGGCGUAGCAUAAGGAGGCCACAAGUGCUGGCUCAGCAUGACAAAUUUCUGAGCUUGUAGGUGUUGCCUAUUCUGCAUGACAAACUGCGUCUCCGCAUGACAGAAAAACACGUCUCUUGGGCAUUGUGCAUGACAGAUUUAAGAGUCAUGCCAGACAAGCACGACAAACAUGCACUCUUCCAGACCCAGACAUUUUUACAUUUGAUAUCCGAAAAACCCGGCGCUGUACUUCUGCGCCUUCUUCGCGUACUAUGACCCGCUCAGGUGUUACAAUCUUAAACGUUACAAUAGAAUAGUGAAAUCUGUGAUGCAAGAGUGCAUGAUCUAGCCAACUCUCAUAGGAUUGUGCAUGACAAGUUCCGGAGCCCCAAACCCCACUACAAUCUGGCGAAAUUUGUAUUGCAGAAAGUAGAACGCUCGGCGAGUCUGUCAUGCUCCUCAUGCAAGACAAGUCUCAGAUUCUAUGGUAACCGAUUUGAGAUUGUAACAGCUGAGCAGGUUAUACGUACAACUUGCACUUUUUGCGGUGGUUUGCGGUGAAAGCCGGGACCAUGCGGAUCCAUCAGUUACCCUACCUCGGCGACGAAAUCGCUUAUUUCCGUACGGUGAAUCAGAAGCACAUGCCGAGCCCGGUGGUGAAGAAGUUCUUGGUGUGGCGCAGGUCGGUGCUGAUGUUUUUCUGUGGGAUUAUGCAUUGCAAAAGCAUCGUGAUCGUACUAGUAUAAAUUGCAUUAGAGCGGGGUAACAAAUUCUGGCGAUUUGUGGUCAUCCCACUUUUCACCCGCCUGGCCGGGUGGGUGAAAAGUGGGACGGAAUCGGAUCCACGCGCACGCGAACGGAAAAAAGCAAGAUCCGGCCAGUCGGUCAGGAUCCUGAUAUGCUAAGCCAAUUUGUAAUACAUAAUCCUGAUAUGAUCGGCCAGUCGGUCAUAUGCUAAGCCAAUUUGUAAUACAAAUUGGCUUAGCAUUACAAAUUAAGUCUGUAAUGCGGAUUUGCCUUCAAAAAAAGAUUUGUAUAUGCAUAAAAGCAAUUAGUACGAGUACGAUACUUUUUCACAGGAUAGGGAUCGUCGCGUACCAAUUGGUCGGCACCGCGGUGAUUGAGAUCGCGGGCGUCGCGGAAAUAUCAAAUGCAAAAAUGUCUGGGUCUGGAAGAAUGCAUGAUGUUUGUCAUGCUUGGCUGGCAUGAUUCGAGAAUCUGUGUUGCAUAGGCACGAAAAGGCCCUCUUACCUGUCACGCAAAAACGCAGUUUGCCAUGCGGAAUACGUAAGACAUGGGAGCCAAAAAAUUUGUCAUGCGUAGCUGCGUAUUGCAGUCCGUCUGCCAUUCACUUUUAGCAUCACACCGACCCAGACACUUUUGCAUUUGAUAGGAGAAUUUGAUCGAGUCAACCGCCUUCAAACAGGAGUCGAGAGACCACACGGAAGUGCGGGACGGGAUGGGAAUGAUGAAUAACAUUGACGUCUCGGUGUCGAAUGAAGCGGAGGCGACUCCUGAAAGCAGACUCUUGCUAGAACACAUAGAAAGAACCGAGAACAACAAACAAAACAGUAGACAAGCGUCCUUCCAUCAUAACAAGAAGCACAAGUUUGCCCACUCGUUUUUGAAACUGGCGGAGCGCAAGGACAAACUGAUCUCCCGGCAGAUGCAGCCACUGCAUGAGAGGAAGUCGAUUUUCGCGAACACGCUGGAUAUGUUUGUGACACGGAAAGAAAAGAACUCAUUCCUUCCAGCAUCUACUUCAACUUCCUUCGGGCAGUCCGCAGCCCGGGCGCUGCAACAGGUGAAUGCAACCAGUAUGUCGGAAGUCGAUACCGUCGCACGACGGGCCGCCGCGCAACUCGCGGACGCGAUGCUGGUGGCGGAGAGGGUGAAGUCCUUUUCCUCCAUUAUGGCGAUCCGAAACUUCGUGACCACGCUCGUCCAGCUCCUCUUCGCGGUGAAGGCACUGUCCAUCUGGUUCGACUACAGUCCGUCGUAUCCUGAGUAAAAACGUACCCACACCAGAGUUGUAAUGCAGAUUUGCAAAGACAGGAACAUUUGUAAUGCGCAUCCGCAUGAGAGCCAUUUUCAAUCGUGUUUUGGAAUUUGUGAUGCUGUAAACAGGAUGAGCAGAUGAAUCUGUGAUGCGGCUGCACUUGCGAACCAAACCUGCACUACACUGCAGAGUGCAACUUGUCAUGCGUGACUCACAAAACUCCUAGGUUUGUGUUGCAAAAUCCCCAUCCUGACUCUGGUGUGGGUACGUUUUUACUCAGGAUACCUCGUCCACGUUAGUCAUCUAUUGCGAUGAAAAACGCCCUCACCCCCGAGCUUGGGAGCAUUUGUAUUGCAAACCUUUCCAAAAGACAGACUCGCCCUCUUGCAUCUAUCAGCAUCACAGAUUUCCAAUCGUGAAUAGCAAAAAUCUGCAUUGCAAAAGACCCCAGCAAGAGCGGCGCUUGUCAUGCAAGCGAUGCGAUAUACGCCUAGGCUCUGCAUCAGAAAGAUUCAUGCUCCUUUCAUGCAUGACAAAAAGUUUUCGUUUGGAAACUUCGCAUCACAAAUUUUUGCAGUUUCAGGGGUGGGUGGCAUUUUUCACUGUAAUAUCAUCUACGGGUUUUUGGUGAAGAUCGCCUUCAUCAUAUCCUGUGGAAAAACGUGCCCACCCCAUACGUCAAGUUGGUAAAUCUGCAAUACAAAUCUCCAAGCUUUGGGAGUUGUGCAUGACAAGCUUCCAUCUGCAGUGCAGUGCUGGUUAGCAAGGGCGGUCGGAUGAUGAGAAAGCCGCUUUCUCAUCCUGGUCACAGCAUUACAAAUUCCCAAACACGAUUGGAAAUGCCUCUCAUGGAGAUGCGCACUACAAAUGUUCCCGUCACUGCGCAUCUGUGUUGCAUUUUGUUUAGCAUGACAACUAUAGGGUGGGGGCGUUUUUGCAUAUGAUGCGUUACGUGUUUGAGUUACUUCCCCUGGUUCGACAUUAUGUUCCCCGAGGGAAAUGAGCUCUGCACCUCCUCUCCCGAGUUCUGCGACCGAAUUCUAUUACCCGCGCGGCUGUACAUGGACCUGAUUCUGAACAUCCCCGUGAUCACGUUCGCCAUGUCGCUCAUUCUAUCAAAUGCAAAAAUGUCUGGGUCUGGAAACUUGUGAUGCAAGUCAGUCAAUAACACAUGCGCUGUAAUGCGCCGCCAAGCAUGACAAGUUCCUUCGUGCUUCUGUGCUGCGUAUUCCGCAUGAGAAGCUGCGUUUUUGCAUGACGAGCGAGAGAGGCUGUUUGUGGUCACGCAAUACAGAUUUAAGGGCCAUGCCAGAUCAGCAUGACAAAUCUCGCAAUCUUCCAGACGCAGACAUUUUUGCAUUUGAUACAUUCCGGGCAUAGCCGGCGGGACCAUGUCCGUCACGGAGGUGUAUCCUGUGCAAAAGUAUCGUACCCUUAAGGUAAACCCGCAUUACAAAUUUUAUUUCUCAUGCUGAGGGGUAUAUGCAUUUAUACGAGUGCGAUACUUUUGCAGUGCAUAAGGUGUUACCCUUCACGAUUUUCCCCUACUUCGUGAUGCUGUGUGCGCCCUUUUUGGUGGUGGUUUUGACCCUAUGGCCCAUGCUGUCCAUCAUCGCACACGGCCUGGGGUCGGUGUACAUGAUGCUGGGCGCUUUGUUCUACGUAGCCUACGCAUUGGUCCUGUCCUACGGUGCUUUCAAAGGAAUGCACACCAUGACGGCGUUUGAAGACUUGGGAUCGGAAAUCUACUUAUGAACUGCAAAAGUAUCGUAUUCGUCUAAAUGCAUGCAGUACGUUGGAAUGUUGUUUUUGGUUGGGAUGUUGAGCAUCACUACGAAAUGUUGAAAAUAUACUGCGACAGGAUUUUUGCGCGCAAGCAUCGCAAAAGCAAAAGCAAAGCAAUGGCGUACCCUUUUCCCUGUGAAAGCAAAACAGAACAUCCGAACCCGAGAAAACACUCCACAUCUCUCCAAGCCGAUGGAUUGCGCAAAACAUUCGAUUGCCGGAAAAAGAACAAUCGAAAGAAAAACAGCAAUGCAAUGGUCUACGGGAGAAGUGAAUUGCUGGCAACAGUGGCCCGCAGUUGCCCCGAUGUGGUGUGGUGAUUUUCUUGCGCGCACGCAAAAAAGAGGGCAAGACGCGAUAUCAGCGAAAGAAUUUCCCAGCUGUCGUUUUGAUAUGGAACCAACAAAAGGCAACUUUGGAAAAUGGGCGAAAGGACUCAAAAGCAGGAGCCUCGCUCAAAAUAAAAUGUAAAGCAACGCUAAGAAAUACGCAGCGCAAAAAACAAAAUCGAAGCAAAACCAGCAAUGCAAUGGUCUAAGGGAAAAGCGCAUUGCUGGCGCAAAUAGCUACAAGAUGCUAGCAGCAGCGGCGCCGGCGCACCUUGGCCCCUAUUAAAUGCGAGCGCGAAGAAGAGAAUGCGAAGCCAACAAAGCAGUGCGCUCGCUCUUAUUUGGAUGGAUGCGCUGAAGGCAACAGAAGAUAACCUGGGGAGGAAAGACAGCCCCUAUAGAGAAUAGCUACGGGGGAAAGGUCCCUGCUACCACGGCAAGCGAGGGGCGGAAAUCGACGACGAGCUAGGAAGUUUGAGUGCACGAGAAGCAGAGCCGCUGCGAUCAUCGGAGCGAGUUUGCUUCGGUGCGUGGGGCGAAGGGCGAAGCGAGAUUACGGGGGAGGGGGGGGGGAAAGGGCGCGGAGGUCUGCGUUUUCGCCGCGAGCCGACUCCCCAUGCUCGGUCGCCUGUGCGAUUUCGAUGCCCCGCGCGACGGCGGGCCCAGCCCCCGAAAAAAAAACCAGACGACAGCAGCGCCGGCCCCUGAAAUAACAAAAAGCACGAUCGCGCCCGGCGUGGGGCCCUCGCAAUGCACGGACGAGCGCACGCAUUUUCGAAGAGGAAUGGGGGAGCAAUGAAUCCCAGGGCCGCAGAAUUUCAGCGGGACAACGCGCGACCAAACUGGCUCGGACGCAAGCGGGGCACGCAGCGGCGCACAAUUACGGCACACAAGGGCGAACGCAAGCGGGGGCCCUACGUCCUACAGGAGACAAGAGGGAGCCACGCGCCCUACGAGAGACAAGGGGAGCCGUUGCUGCUGGUGUUUUUCAAGAAAGCCGGGCGACUUUUUCAGCAUGGUCAUAAGGCCAGUUCGGAUGUAAUCCUGGCGACUUUUUCAUGGGUUUUUGUGCGUUUUGAAAUGAUGAAAAACAAUCCAAAUUGCGAGCAGUAUUGCACUUUUUCAGCCAUCACUGCAAGCAAAUAUGACGCCGAUAGGUUUUUUUUGAAGGGGAAAACCACAUUUGAUCGCGGCGCGCGAUGAAAUGUCUACACAUUCCAACUAGAACAGCAAUUGAUCGCAGCAGCUGUUUUGUACGAAAUCUACAUUCCAUCGUAGCAGCAAUCGAAAUUUCUGCAUGCAUGACAAAUUCCCUUAGCAUGAGAAAGAAAAUUUGUAAUGCUGUUUUAUCUUGAGAAAAAAAUUUGUAAUGCAUGAUUGCAAUACGAGUACGAUGCUUUUGCACAGGAUACUACUCCCGGACGAACGAAUCGAAGUUAGAACAACUGUAUGAACCGCAAAUAUGUCUGGGUCUGGAAGGGUGCAAGGUUUGUCAUGCUUGUCUAGCAUGACUGAAAAGUCUGUGAUGUGUGUCCAAGAAGAGACCCUUUUGCUUGUCAUGCACAAACGCAGUUUCUUUGUCAUGCCGAAAGCGCAACACUAAGCCCUGCAAAUAUUUCUCAUGGAGGUUGGUUGGCUGUGCAUUACAGACCAUUCACUAUUCACAACUAAGCAUUGUUACAAGUUUCCAGACCCAGACGCUUUUGCAUUUGAUAAGCUACAGCAUAUGGCGAUUCAGCAUUACACGCCGAAGAAGUCGGUGUUUGGCAAGGUGUUGUCAGCUGUGUCGAAAAACAAGUCCACGAAUGCGAGCCCUAAAAUGUCCCCGGCAGCUCCGAGCGGCGGCAGGGAAAAUCAAGUCGUAGUCUGUGGCGGUGAAAUGAUCCAGAAAUGCAACACAACACACACGACCCACAGCGAGGCGCUGAGGACCUAUAACGGUCGUGUCGACCACCGCUGCACGGAAAAGAACUACGACAGUACGCUGUUGCAAGAUGAGGAGGACAACAAGAUCACCAAAACUCGAUCGGAGGAAGAGAUUGGGGACUUGGAAAUGAGCGAGCACCAGGCGGUCGCGGUACUGGAAGAUGUUAACCCGGUCGUCGUGUUUAAUAAUGGUAGUACUGGCGAUGGACAGCAGGAACAGCAACCGCAAGACUAUUCCGCCCAAGAGAACCACACUUUCGAAGACGCCGAGCAGUCGAACGCAGAAGAGAUGCACAGUCUUGACCACCAGAGUUUCGUCGAAGGGCAGCAUAGCAAAAUGAACCAGAACUCCGCCGCGGACGACGAUAGCGAAGAUGCUGAGCAGAAGAACAACAAGCCCUUAUCGGUCCGGGUCGUCGGACUAGCCCCGGCUUCCCCCGAGCGGGAAACGAGUCAGCUGAGCAUACAGCAAAACGUCACGGAAGAUUCCGGCGGAAUCAUGCAGUCAACCUUUAUAAAGUCCAGCGAGAAACUAUGAAAGUGCACAACUCCCCCUCAUUUGUAUUGCAUGCACAGCAAUAUUACAAGCGUUAGAAAGAAUACAGUUUUUGCAUGCCAAAUUUAGACAGGCGUGUAGUGCUAUUUGGGCUGCCAGAACUUGCCAUGCAUACAGUGCUAAGAGCCAAGGCGUAAGUUAGGCACUUUGCAUGACAAACGAGUGGGGGGGCUGUGCACUUUCAUAGAAACUCCGAAAGAAGAUGUCGCACUACAGCGGCAUGAUAGAAUCCCGACUGAAGAACAACCGAACGGGAGGAUUACUUGUCGGGUCGACGUUUCUCGGUGGGGUGGACGACAUGACGAACAAGGCGAAUGGUACAGCAGGAGGAGGUGUAAAUGAAAACAAGCCGAAUGUCGAGUACGCACUGGUACAGGCGACGUUGAUCAAGCAUCUGUGCACGAACGUGAAGAAGAAGAUGAUGAACGUGAUGCGCUUGUCACUCCUUAUGCAGAUUCUGGCGCUGGGGUUCAUCGCGGCGGCAAUCAUCAUUGAGGGCAAGGAGUUCAUCGAUUUGGCCAUCAAUUCCGAUAUGGUGGCGAGCAUCAUGCUGCUCUAUGAACUGCAAAAGUAUCGUACUAGUAGUAGUAAUUGCAACACAAAUUCGCUCAGCGUGACAAAUGGAAUUUGUCAUGCUUAUUUAGCUUGAAAAAGAAAUCUGUCUUGCAUGACUGCGAUUAGUACGAGUACGAUACUUUUGCACAGGAUAUGCUCUUCGCGGACGCAAUGAUCAACAAGACCAUGAUGGACCUUAUCACUAUCGAUUUCCAAUUCGGAGCGUUUAUGCAUUGCAAAUGUGUCUUGGUCAUCUGGAGACACGCAAACUUGUCUGUGAUGCGUAUUUUAGAUCACACGAAAAUCUGUCAUGCAUAAACAGCAAGAGCAUCGAUCCCGUUACCGUUUCUUGUCACCGAGAGCGGAAAUUUGUCAUGCGGAUUAAGCAUUGGUAGGCGCUUGAAAAACCUGUGAUGCUAGGGCUUGCAUGGCAGACCUUGAGGGUCAAGCAGAGACAGCAUGACAAACAGCUGUGCUCAUCCAGACCAAGAUAAAUUUGCAUUUGAUAGCGUUGGUCAAAAUGCGAUUGUACAAUGGCUACAUGUCCGACGAUCAGGACCUGUCCAACCUGGCGGUCCUUUUCAAAUUUUCCGACGCCUUAAACGAACAUUUCUGCAAGGGCAUCCUCCGGGCGCAGGCCAAGGAGCAGCAGAAGCGGAGCGGGGACAAAAACGAAACGGAUGGGAACAGUGCUACUACGAAAAACCCGACGUCGGUCGGCGCCAAGGGAAGUAGCGCCGCGUAUUACAAUGAAAAAUGCCCCCACGACCCCCGAACUUGGGAGCAUUUGUAUUGCAAACCUUUCCAAGUGAAACACUCGCCCUCUUGCAUCUAUCAGCAUCACAGGUUUCCAAUCGUGAAUAGCAAAAAUUUGUAUUGCAAAAAACCCCAGCAAGAGCGGCGCUUGUCAUGCAGGCGAUGCGAUACACGCCUAGACUCUGCAUCAGAAAGAUUCACACUCCUUUCAUGCAUGACAAAAAGUUUUCAUGUGGAAGCUUCGCAUCACAAAUUUUUGCAACUUCAGGGGUGGAAGGCAUUUUUCACUGUAAUACCGCGAAGAAUUUGUUUACCGCGCCGGUGUCGUUUGUGGCGAACAAAAUGGUCUCCGGGGUGAGUCCGCGCUCGAAAAAGGAAUGCGUGGAUUGAGACGUGGAAGAAGGCGGAUUUUUUUUGGUGGGAAAGUAGCGAGGAAUCUGAAUUUGAAUACGAAAUGGCUUUAGAAGUUUUUUUAGUAGUUUCACGUAGUAUAAUCACGACAGCAACAAGCAACUCUAUCAUCUAGAAAUAGAAAGCAAAACAGAGUGUGAAAAAAGUUGACAAGAUACUGUUUCUGGAAAUAAGGCUUGAAUAAGUAGAAGAAUAUCGAAAGACCGCGCUUUUUCUCAAUAUAGCAAAUUUUUUAGCAGCAAACUGAUUUGAAAAGAAUAUGCAGAUAGUGGUCUCAGCAUAGCAAAUCGAAAGCAUUGACUUCAAAACUCUCCUUGAAAAAUAGCGACUGACUUUAUUACAGAAUAUUUACAAAUGAUAGAUUAUUUUCCCAUGAAGGUUCGAUAUCCUCGAUUUCCUAGUUCCAUAGAUUGCGGACCCUUACACCAACAUUCAUAUGAGUUUGAAAAGUAAAAGCAUAGCAUGAUGAAAAACAAGUGCAUACAAAUGAAAAGGAAAAAUAUCGAAAGCAAACAGGAAUGAAAGAAAAGAAAGAGUCCCCUCUAGCAUCCCUGCAAAAGUCGAACGCGAACACAGCGCAGCGCUGGAGCAGUGAACAUGAAGACACAACAUAAAUGGGAACGAGAAAAUAACAUAACAACAUGCGCUAGUAAUGCU